AGCCAGAGGGCCCGGGAGCGACCCGGCUCGGUGAGGCUGAUUGGCUGGGCACGAGGAGCGCCGGGUUGUGGGCUGCACCUCUCGCCUCACUCCCUGGGACGCAGGAAACUGGGUGCAUACGAGCGGCUCCUCCCGGCUCUAAGAAGCCGGGGCUGCUGUUCGCAUCCGCCGGGUCUUUGCUUUAAAAUCUGAAUCUCUUCUUUCAAAAAUCAACAUCUCGGUCGAAGUUCCGAAAGAUAGCCCGAGGUCGCGAUGGAUCUUGAAGGAGGCAGCAAUGGAAGAGCAGAGAAGAAGUUCUGGAAAAUGGGCGAAAAAAGAGAUACUGAAACCAUGCUUUACUGGGAAUAGGGUGGGACCAAAUCUGAAGACUUAUGUUUGUGUAUUUUGUGUGUUUUCAUGUCCGUCUAACAUCACUUUAAAGCCAAAUAUGGGUAAAAAAGAGAAGAAAGAAAAGAAACCAACUGUCAGUACACUUGCAAUGUUUCGCUAUUCAAAUUGGCUUGAUAGGUUAUAUAUGUUGGUGGGGACAAUGGCCGCCAUCAUCCAUGGAGCUGCACUCCCUCUCAUGAUGCUGGUUUUUGGAGACAUGACGGAUAGCUUUGCAAAUGCAGGAAUUUCACGAAACCUAACUAAUCUAAACAUAACUGGUGAAAGUAUUGUCAACGAUUCAUAUUUCAUCAACCGUCUGGAGGAGGAAAUGACCACGUAUGCCUAUUAUUACAGUGGGAUCGGUGCUGGUGUGCUGGUUGCUGCUUACAUCCAGGUUUCAUUCUGGUGCCUGGCAGCUGGAAGGCAAAUACUCAAAAUCAGAAAACAAUUUUUUCAUGCUAUAAUGCGACAGGAGGUAGGCUGGUUUGAUGUGCAUGAUGUUGGAGAGCUUAACACCCGGCUCACGGAUGAUGUCUCCAAAAUUAAUGAAGGAAUUGGUGACAAAAUUGGAAUGUUCUUUCAGUCAAUGGCAACAUUUUUCAUCGGUUUUAUAGUGGGAUUUACACGUGGUUGGAAGCUAACCCUUGUGAUUUUGGCCAUCAGCCCUGUUCUUGGACUGUCAGCUGCUAUCUGGGCAAAGAUACUAUCUUCAUUUACUGAUAAAGAACUCUUGGCAUAUGCAAAAGCUGGAGCAGUAGCUGAAGAGGUCUUAGCAGCAAUUAGAACUGUGAUUGCCUUUGGAGGACAAAAGAAAGAACUUGAAAGGUACAACAAAAACUUAGAAGAAGCUAAAAGAAUUGGGAUAAAGAAAGCUAUCACAGCCAACAUUUCUAUCGGUAUCGCUUUCCUGUUGAUCUAUGCAUCAUACGCCCUGGCAUUCUGGUACGGGACCUCCUUGGUCCUCUCCCAUGAAUAUUCUAUUGGACAAGUACUCACUGUUUUCUUUUCUGUAUUAAUUGGGGCUUUUAGUGUUGGACAGGCAUCCCCAAGCAUUGAAGCAUUUGCAAAUGCAAGAGGAGCGGCUUAUGAAAUCUUCAAGAUAAUUGAUAAUAAACCAAGUAUUGACAGCUAUUCGAAGAAUGGACACAAACCAGAUAAUAUUAAGGGAAAUCUGGAGUUCAAAAACGUUCACUUCAGUUACCCAUCUCGAAAAGAAGUUAAGAUCUUGAAGGGCCUCAACCUGAAGGUUCAGAGUGGGCAGACAGUGGCCCUGGUUGGGAACAGUGGCUGUGGGAAAAGCACGACAGUGCAGCUGAUGCAGAGACUCUAUGACCCCACAGAUGGCAUGGUCAGUAUUGAUGGACAGGACAUUAGGACCAUAAAUGUGAGAUAUCUUCGGGAAAUCAUUGGUGUGGUGAGUCAGGAACCUGUGUUGUUUGCCACUACAAUAGCUGAAAACAUUUGCUAUGGACGUGAAAAUGUCACCAUGGAGGAGAUUGAGAAAGCUGUCAAGGAAGCCAAUGCCUAUGACUUUAUCAUGAAACUCCCUAAUAAAUUUGAUACCCUGGUUGGAGAGAGAGGGGCCCAGCUGAGUGGUGGACAGAAACAGAGAAUCGCCAUCGCUCGGGCCCUGGUUCGCAACCCCAAGAUCCUCCUGCUGGAUGAGGCCACAUCAGCCUUGGACAGUGAAAGUGAAGCAGUGGUUCAGGUGGCUCUGGAUAAGGCCAGAAAAGGCCGGACCACCAUAGUGGUAGCUCAUCGUUUGUCUACAAUUCGUAAUGCUGAUGUCAUCGCCGGUUUUGAUGAUGGAGUCAUUGUGGAAAAAGGAAAUCAUGAUGAACUCAUGAAAGAGGAAGGCAUUUACUUCAAACUUGUCACAAUGCAGACAAGAGGAAAUGAAAUUGAAUUAGAAAAUGCAGUUUAUGAAUCCAUAAGUGAAAUUGAUGCCUUGGAAAUGUCUCCAAAAGAUUCAGGAUCCAGUUUAAUUAGAAGAAGAUCAACCCGCAAGAGUAUACAUGCAUCACAAGGCCAAGAUAGAAAGCUUGGUACAAAAGAGAACUUGGAUGAACAUGUACCUCCAGUUUCCUUCUGGAGGAUUCUGAAGCUCAAUAUAACUGAAUGGCCUUAUUUUGUGGUUGGUAUAUUCUGUGCUAUUAUAAAUGGAGGCCUGCAACCAGCAUUUUCAGUAAUAUUUUCAAGGAUUAUAGGGGUUUUUACCAGAGUUGAGGAUCCUGAAACAAAACGACAGAAUAGUAACAUAUUUUCAUUAUUGUUUCUAGUCCUUGGAAUUGUUUCUUUCAUUACAUUUUUCCUUCAGGGCUUCACGUUUGGCAAGGCUGGGGAGAUCCUCACCAAGCGGCUCCGAUACAUGGUCUUCAGAUCCAUGCUAAGACAGGAUGUGAGCUGGUUUGAUGACCCUAAAAAUACUACUGGAGCAUUAACAACCAGGCUUGCCAAUGACGCUGCUCAAGUUAAAGGGGCUAUAGGUUCCAGGCUUGCUAUCAUUACCCAGAAUAUAGCAAAUCUUGGGACAGGCAUUAUUAUAUCCUUAAUCUAUGGCUGGCAAUUGACACUCUUACUCUUAGCAAUUGUACCCAUCAUUGCAAUAGCAGGAGUUGUUGAAAUGAAAAUGUUGUCUGGACAAGCACUGAAAGAUAAGAAAGAACUAGAAGGUGCUGGGAAGAUUGCUACUGAAGCAAUCGAAAACUUCCGAACUGUUGUCUCUUUGACUCGAGAGCAGAAGUUUGAAUAUAUGUAUGCACAGAGUUUGCAGGUACCAUACAGAAACUCUUUGAGGAAAGCACACAUCUUUGGAAUCUCAUUUUCCAUCACCCAGGCAAUGAUGUACUUUUCCUAUGCUGGUUGUUUCCGGUUUGGUGCCUACUUGGUGGCACAUGAGUUCAUGGACUUUCAAGAUGUUCUCUUGGUAUUCUCAGCUAUUGUCUUCGGUGCCAUGGCAGUGGGGCAGGUCAGUUCAUUUGCUCCUGACUAUGCCAAAGCCAAAGUAUCAGCUGCCCACGUCAUCAUGAUCAUUGAAAAAAUCCCUCUGAUCGACAGCUAUAGCACAGAAGGCCUAAUGCCCAACACGUUGGAAGGAAAUGUGACAUUUAAUGAAGUCAUGUUCAACUAUCCCACUCGACCAGAUAUCCCAGUGCUUCAAGGGCUGAGCCUGGAGGUGAAAAAGGGCCAGACGCUGGCCCUGGUGGGCAGCAGUGGCUGCGGGAAGAGCACGGUGGUCCAGCUCCUUGAGCGGUUCUACGACCCAAUGGCCGGAACAGUGCUAAUUGAUGGCAAAGAGAUAAAGCACCUGAAUGUCCAGUGGCUCCGAGCACACAUGGGCAUCGUGUCCCAGGAGCCCAUCCUGUUCGACUGCAGCAUUGGUGAGAACAUUGCUUACGGAGACAACAGCCGGGUGGUGUCACAAGAGGAGAUUGUGCGCGCAGCCAAGGAGGCCAACAUCCACCCCUUCAUUGAGACACUGCCUGACAAAUAUAACACCAGAGUAGGAGACAAAGGAACCCAGCUCUCUGGUGGCCAGAAGCAGCGCAUAGCAAUAGCUCGUGCUCUUGUGAGACAGCCUCGUAUUUUGCUUUUGGAUGAAGCUACAUCAGCUCUGGAUACAGAAAGUGAAAAGGUUGUCCAAGAAGCCCUGGACAAAGCCAGAGAAGGCCGCACCUGCAUCGUGAUCGCUCACCGCCUGUCCACCAUCCAGAACGCAGACCUAAUAGUGGUGUUUCAGAAUGGCAAGGUCAAGGAGCAUGGCACACAUCAACAGCUGCUGGCUCAGAAAGGCAUCUACUUUUCCAUGGUCAGUGUCCAGACUGGAGCAAAGCGCUAGUGAACUGUGACCUUAUGACCAUAUAAAUAUUUUCUAUUUGUGUUAAAAUAUGGCAUUUAAUCAAAGUUAAAAAGCGAGCGCGUCACUGGAAACGCUAUGUAGAAUUAUCUGUUUAACAUUUCCUUCCGCAGCUGAAGAUCAUUCCACCAAGUUCAGAGCCCUCAGGCUUUGUUGUCAUUAAAGGAAUCGAAAGAAAUAUUAUUGAAAGGAAUAAAACACUGGUGUUAAUUGCAUUAUAAAAAUUUGUAGAAUAAUUCAAAGUAGAUUUUGUUAAUAAAUAGUGUAAUUUUUGUUUAUAUUUUCUUAUUUGUAACUUACUGCCUUGCUGAAAGAUAAUAGAAGUGGCAAAAAGUGCUGAAUGUUUGCAUAAAGUGCUAUAAUAAAACUAAACUUUUGUAUGAGCAUA